AUGAUAUGUGCCAUCACAGAAAUUGAAAGUGAAAGACAACCUUUUGCAUAUCGUUAUGAGCCUCAACUGGGAGAGGCUAGGACUGGAAUUAUGCAGACAUUACAAUCCACAACAAAAUGGUUGGCAAGGGACAUGGGAUAUACGGUCUACCAAGUAGAGGGUGCACCUACCAUGCUUUAUAGACCUUUUGUCAGUGUUUAUUUUGGAGCAGCCUAUUUGAAAUGGCUAUUGACUUAUGAUGGCAAGAAGAGAAGUGAGGAAUUCAUGGAUCAUGCCUAUAAUGGUGGUCCAAAAAGAGAAAAUCAUAAGUCAACCUUGCAAUAUUGGAAGCGAUACCAACUGGUUAAACAAUGUCUUCCAAUGGAAAUUGAUAUGAAAAUUUUGAAGAUGAAUUCCAUAGCUAAUGCAUCUGGUUCUUUGGUACGUGCCUCAUUUGUUUCAGUUGCUAGUGAGUGGACUUAUUGGGAUGUUAAAGUGUCACCAGAAGACAUUGCAAAAAUCACCGUUUCAAGACAUUUUGCUGCAAGUGGCGUUAAAGCCAAUCCCUUCCUUCUGCGUGGAGUAUGGUGUGAAAUGGAAAUUACAACUCAAACAAAUGCAAUUGGUAGGUCACGUGGGCCAUAG